AAUUAUCAGAAUUGAAAGCAAAAUACGUUAAGGCUGGCUAUUCUAAUGGUCUCCUUCUAGACAAAAGCAUAGACUUAGAUGGAAUGAAUAGUAUUUGCACUAGAACGAUGACGCUAGUCAUUAAAUUUGAAGAAUUAGAAUUUGAUAAUAAUGCAUUUGAGAUGAUCAUGCCUCUUAAAGAAGGAAUUGAACUUUAUUAUAAAGGGGAUGAAGACAGUAUGCAAAAAGCUUGGCAAUGUUUUGUUGCGAAUGCUGAUCUAGGAAAUUCUAUGGCAAAAUUCUGGAAAGGUUAUUAUUUAUCUAAGGGCUAUGUUAUUGAUGAAAACCUCGAAGACACUAAGAAACUUUUUAAGGAAGCCGCUGAUUAUGGUAUUGAAGAUGCUCAAUUAAAUUAUGCAUUUAUCUUAAUUAAGGAUAUGAAGGAUCUGGAAAAACAAAAGGAAUUUUUAAAAUAUUUGAAAUUAUUAGCCGAUCAAGGAAUGAGAAAGCAGA